AUGCCGUGGGGGUCAAAACCAACGAGGGCAACGACCCCCUUGAUCCACUCCCUCUCUCUGCCCUGCCACUCCCUCUCUCUUUUCCGUUCCCCUUUCUCUCCCUCUCUCGCCGCUCGUCGCCGCCGCUUCGAUUCCGGCCGAUCCCAGAGAUUGCCGUCGUUAUCCAGUCCUGAGGGUUUCGGCGACAGCGACGGAGUAGACUGUAGGCAACCCUUGGCUCCAACCCAGGUCAUGGCCAAUUCUGGAGGCAACAACGAGUCAGUGUGCGAUGCGGACAUGGACAACUGUCGUGGUGGGUGCACGGCAGAUGCCAAGGGAUGGCUAAAGAGAGGAGGAGGCUUGAGGGCACUGGUGGGCUCCAGAGGCGAGGUCGGCAUGAGCUAGCGCGGGACGCAAGACAUACCCAGGUUUGGGGCUCUCCGGAGAGAUAACACCCCUAGUCCUGCCGAGUGUGGUUUAUAUGUAACAGUACAGAGUUGCUCCUAGAGCUGUAUGGAAGAAGAAGGAAAGCGGGCCAAGGCUUAAGCUGCUCCCUCUCCUUGGGUGUGGGUGUGUUCUACUAAUCA